CCCCUUCUCGUUCUAGUAACCCCCUGCGAUUGGGCAAGUGGUAGAGGCCGCCUCUCGGAAGCAUGGAGUUCCUGCUGCAAACGGAGCCCGAGUCUAUUAGUGCAGCGUUCAGAGAAUACAGCCAGUUUCCCACCCCCGGCUCAGUUACCGUAUGUCCAGAAGUAUCAGCCAGCGGCGGGGCGAAAUACAUCAGCCUACUCACAGAGUGGAGCCAGAAUGAGACGGAUCGAGGAAACAGGCUGCGAUUCGGCAAGCAGUACACCCUACUGUGUGACAGUAGGACAGUGCAGCAUGUGCUGCCCCUUGGCCACUGCAGCCACGUGCAGGGAGAAUUGGUCAGCAGUCAUUCUCCUUCUGGAACACUCAAGGCUGUUGUCAGAGAAACCAGUUGUCAGGGCAAGGGACACCAGUUCCUUGAGAUAUGGAACAAGCAUGGCAUGACAAAAAGCCUUGACCUCACUUCUUUAAACAAACACGGAAGAGUAUAUGAAGACGCUCAGUUUGGCUGCCUGGCCUGGUCUGCUUGUGAGGGCAGAGUGCUGUAUGUCGCGGAGCGGAAGAGGCCUAAGGCAGAGUCAUCUGGUGUCUCAGAACCCAGACCAUCCAGUCACGAUGCAGGGGCAGGUCAUUCUGGAGAAGAGCUGACAGCUAGGAAGGAGGAUCGAAAUGUGUACUGGGAGGACUGGGGAGAGGGCCUGUCCAAUAAGAGCGUCCCAGUGUUGUGCGUAGUGGACAUAGACAAGUGCACGGUAUCCGUGCUGCAGGGCGUCCCUGCACAGGUGUCCCCAGGCCAGGCUUUGUGGUCCCCGCAGGAUGAGGGCGUGCUGUUUGUGGGGUGGUGGCACGAGCCUUUCCGACUGGGCCUGAAGUUCUGUUCAAACCGGAGAUCUGCCCUCUUUCAUGUAGACCUUGAAGGGAACUGUGAGUGCCUGUCCUCAGACUCCAAUGCGGUCUCAUCUCCUCGCCUUAGCCCUGACAAGCGCUACAUCAUCUACCUCCAGGGCCAGGUGUUUGGGCCCCACAACCAGUGUCUCAGCCUGCAGUUGUAUGACUGGGAAACUAAGAGGACCUCUUUGCUGGUGGAUGUAGUCAAAAGGCCUGAGGACGAGUUUGCUGGGGUGUAUGAGGCCUUGCCCACACGGUGCUGGUCUGCAGAUAGUCAGAGGGUGGUCUUCAGCAGUGCAAGGAGGAAUUGGAAGGGGCUCUUUGUGCUGGACAGAUGCACAAGAAAAGUGACGCCUCUUGUUGACCAUGAGGAGUUUGGGAGCUGGAAGCUGCUGGCCAUCGAAAGAGACCUGAUGGUGGUCAACUGUACUGCACCAAACAGUCCUCCAUGCCUGAAAGUUGGGUUCUUGCCCCCUGCUGGGGGUGAAGCUGGGGUGUCCUGGACCCCUCUGGAUGAGCCCCGCCAAAUCCCACUCCUGGAGUGGAGGGCCCUGGACAUCACCCCUACACCCCAAGAGGAGAACAUGGAAUACUCUGGCCUGGAUUUCGGGGCCCUGCUGGUGAAACCCCGUGCCAUCAGAUCAGGGGUAAAGGUACCUCUGGUGGUAUUUGCCCAUGGUGGGCCGCACUCCCAGUUCUCAGCGGAGUGGAAUGUCUCUUCUGCUGCUCUGGCCAGGGUGGGCUUUGCUGUGCUUAUGGUAAACUAUCGGGGAUCCACUGGGUUUGGGCAGGACAGCAUCCUAUCUCUCAUUGGGAACAUCGGCAAUCAGGAUGUUAAGGAUGUGCAGAGAGCAGUGCUGUCCACUCUGCAGAAUGACGCGACCCUUGACCCAACCAAAGUGGCUGUGAUGGGCGGCUCUCAUGGUGGCUUUCUCGCCUGCCAUCUGAUUGGCCAGUACCCGGACUUCUACAGAGCAUGCGCAGCCCGGAACCCCGUCAUCAACGCUGCCACCCUGCUGGGCACCAGUGACAUCAUUGACUGGCGGUACUCUUCAGUGGGGCUCCAGUACUCUUUGGACCGGUUGCCCAGUCCGGAUGCUCUGACCACCAUGUUCCACCUGUCUCCCAUCGCCCACGCCUCCCAGAUCAGAACUCCAGUGCUCCUCAUGUUGGGAGGCAAAGACAAAAGGGUGUCCCCACACCAAGGUCUGGAGCUGUACCGUGCACUUAAGAGCCGAAGCUCCCCCGUCAGAUUGCUGUGGUUUGCGGAGGACGGUCACUCCCUGUCACGAGUGGACACACAGGCCGACUGCUUCCUCAACGUGGUUCUGUGGUUCCUGCAACACUUGGAUCUGCUCUGAGACUCCCAAAGGCUUGUUUAGGGAUGGAGAGGUUCCCGCAGAGAGGUAACCCUUAACUUAAAAGGUGCCAUUGGGAUGUAUUUAUGUAAUGCCCCCAUAAUGCCUCUUAACGCUUGACAUAAUAUAUUCGUAAAUGUUCAAAACAUCAGCAGUGGGAAAAGCUUUGCUGGUUGAAACAAUGACAAAGCUUUUAUCAUGUGCAGUUAACGUUUAUGGAUUCUUAGGUCAGGUGUUAUAAAUGAUUAUGAAAUUGUCAUUCAGUCGCCAACUGUGCGCUUCAGGUAAAGCAUUAGCGCAAGGUGUGGCUCAAAAAUUGAACAUCUCGUUGAUUUUUUUUUUUUUUUUAGCAUCAUUCUGUUUCUGCAUGUAAUGGUAAAUGAACUGGACACUUCAGUAUGAUACAGGUGGGAUGAUCUGAGUACUGUAGCACCAUUCCGAAUGCGCAGCAGAGGGCAGUGUUGGAUCAUGCAUUUCUGCUUUGCCUGGAGACUGUGGGUUGUCAAUUAAUUUACUGUAACCAGACAUUUGUUUGGCUAAUAAA